AUGGCCGAGGAGGCUGUUGUGAAGAAGCGGAAGGUGAUGGUGGCGCUCGACGGCAGCGAGUUUAGCCGCCAGGCGUUCGACUUCGCCGUCGGAAAGAUCUUCCGACCCGAGAAGGACCUGGUGGUGCUGUUCAACGUCCGAGCUGCUAGCGGCGAUGCUGGCGCUGAGAACCCUAUUCUGGAGGAGUAUAAGAAGUUGGCGGAGGAGAAAGGUUUGGAGCACGUCACAAUUGAAGAGAAGGGAGAUCCAAGGGAGGCAAUCAUCAGCACCGACGAGAGAAUGGCUGCGGCUGCACGAGCGGCUGCGUACGUGGCAGUGGGGAGCAUAGCGUUGCCAGACCAGCCUCAGCGGACUCGAACAUGGUCGGCCAGUAGCACUCUAAGCACCGGCUUGACGCUUCGGCGGAACGAUAGAUGCGUUCGCCAGGCGUCGCGAUCGCCAAUGUGGGUCUGUGCAAUGGACGCAUCCUUCAGCGAUGAACCCCCAAAGGUGUUCCCGCGCAUCGGAACCCGUGACCCCUACAAGCGCCUCGGGCUCGGCCGCGACGCGUCGACGGAGGAGAUAACGGAGGCGAAGAACUACCUGGUGGAGGAGUACAAGGGCCACGAGCGGAGCCGCGAAGCCAUCGAGGAGGCGUUCGAUAAAAUCAUCGCGGAGAAAUUCAGAGAGCGGCGGAAGUCCAAAAUCAACCUCAAGGCGGAUCUCAAGAAGAAAGUGGCGGAGGCACCGCCCUGGAUCCAGGCGCUCAUUGACAUGGUGGAUGUGCCCAAGCCGGCAGUGAUUGCGCAGCGAGCAGUGCUCUUCGCUCUCAUCGCCGUCUGGAGUAUCAUGAACCCUGCUGAGGGCGGGCCCGCGUUCCAGGUUGCGGUGGCUCUGGGCCUCUCAGUGUACCUCAUCAACGAGCGGCUCAAGAGCAUUACCAGAGCACUCAUUAUCGGGUUCGCCACGCUCGUGGUUGGCUGGAUCACCGGUUCCUUCCUUGUGCCAUUCAUCCCAGAGGGUAUUUUCCCUGGCUUCUGGAGUCUUGAGCUCGGCACGUCCCUUGUCACCUACGUCUUCCUCUGGUUCUCCACCACCUUCCUCAAGUGA